CCCUCUUUCACCUCUCCUUGUUUGUGCGUCUCAAGCAAGCAGCAAGGAGAAUGGAGGGGGAAAAAACAUGUCAUUUCGCCCGUCUUCUCUCACACAACAUCCAGCAACGAGGAGAGUCACACGGGGAGAGCAUUGAAAAACUUUCCAUUUAGCCUUCCUGUCACUUCCCUUUUCCCAAGUAAUUAGCUUAUCAAGUGGCUACCAGCUAGCUCCGUCUUGAUCCCCAAGCGUACCGGUUCGCCUCGGCAUCUACGUCCGCUCGGAGUCAUCGCGGUCGGGCUCCGGUGUAGCUCGAGCACCCCACCUCCCCACCCACCCCAACGCCACCACACCCGCCGCGCGACCGACCAGGAGAACGAAAACACCGCGCGGAUAUGGAAUGGUGCAUGCUGCUGGGCCAAGUGUGCUGCCGUUGAAUACAAGCGGAACCAUGGACACGCAUCCACUGUGCACAAGGCUUUGUCCACACGCUUUGGACAAAGAGGACGGCGUGGAGAGACAAGGUGCGGUCACGCUGAACCCUCGACACAUGAGGAAGGCCUUCAAAGUCAUGAACGAGCUGCGCAGUCAGAGCUUGUUGUGUGAUGUCACCAUCGUAGCAGAGGACGUGGAGAUCGCCGCUCACCGCGUGGUGCUCGCUGCUGGCAGCCCGUACUUCCACGCCAUGUUCACAGGCGAGAUGGCCGAGAGUCGAGCCAAGCGCGUGAGAAUCAAAGAGAUGGAUGGGUGGACUCUGGGACUCCUGGUGGAUUACAUCUACACCGCCGAGAUACAAGUCACCGAGGAGAACGUGCAGGCUCUGCUGCCGGCCGCGGGUCUGCUGCAGCUGAACGAGGUGAAGAAGGCGUGCUGCGAGUUCCUGAGCUCUCAGCUGCACCCGUCCAACUGCUUGGGCAUACGAGCCUUCGCCGACCUGCACGCCUGCUCGCAACUGCUCACGCAGGCCAACUGCUACGCAGAGCAACACUUCAGCGAGGUGGUGGGCAGCGAGGAGUUCCUCAAUCUGGGCAUGGAGCAGGUUUCCAGCCUCAUCGCCAGCGACAAGCUCACCAUUCCCACCGAGGAGAAGGUCUUUGAAUCGGUCAUCGCGUGGGUCAACCAUGACAAAGACGUGCGCCAGGAGCACUUGGCCCACCUCAUGGAGCACGUGCGCCUGCCCCUGCUCACCAGAGAAUAUCUGGUGCAGCGUGUGGAGGAGGAGUCGCUCAUCAAGAACAGCAGCGCCUGCAAGGACUACUUGAUCGAAGCCAUGAAGUACCACCUGCUGCCCGCUGACCAGCGAGCGCUCAUGAAGACGGCACGCACGCGCAUGCGGACCCCCGCCUGCUGCCCCAAGGUGAUGGUGGUGGUCGGCGGCCAAGCGCCAAAAGCCAUCCGCAGCGUCGAGUGUUACGACUUUGAGGAGCAGCGCUGGUACCAGGUAGCCGAGCUGCCCACCCGCAGGUGCAGAGCAGGCGUGGUGUGUGUGGGAACAUGCGUGUACGCCGUGGGGGGCUUCAACGGUUCCCUGCGUGUGCGUACGGUGGAUUGUUACGACCCCAUGAUGGACCGCUGGACCAGCGUCAGCAGCAUGCAAGACCGCCGAUCCACACUGGGUGCCGCCGUGCUCAACGGACUUUUGUACGCCGUGGGAGGCUUUGACGGAAGCACAGGUCUGUCCACCGUUGAGGCGUACAACGCCAAGACCGAUGAAUGGUUCCACGUGUUGCCCAUGAGCACACGACGUAGCAGCGUGGGAGUGGGUGUUGUUAACGGGAUUCUCUAUGCUGUCGGCGGUUACGACGGCGCCACCAGGCAAUGUCUGAGCACGGUGGAAGCCUACAACCCCAAAAGUAACACGUGGAGUUACAUCGCCGAAAUGGGCACCCGACGCAGCGGCGCAGGCGUGGGGGUGCUGAAGGGUUUGCUGUACGCCGUGGGCGGCCAUGACGGCCCCUUGGUAAGGAAGAGCUGCGAAGUGUUCGACCCGGCCUCCAACAGCUGGCGGCAGGUGGCCGAUAUGAAUAUGUGUCGUCGUAACGCAGGUGUGUGUGCGGUCAACAACCUGCUGUACGUUGUGGGUGGCGACGACGGGAGCUGCAAUCUGGCGUCGGUGGAGUUCUACAACCCCAACUCGGACAAGUGGACCUUGCUGCCAAGCUGCAUGAGCACGGGACGCAGUUAUGCAGGUGUGACUGUGAUCGACAAGCCCUUAUGACUGCUGGAGUCGCCCGUCGCUGAUUAGAAGCAGAAGUUGCAUCCUGCUGGAUUCUCAUGUGGGAUCUGUCGUCGUCUCACGCGACAUUUGCACGUUGGUCACUGACGCCGACAAGUUGCGAGACGGAAGCCACGACGACCAAGGUGACGUUGACAAACGUGAGGAUUUUUUUAUGCACUUAACGUGAGCAUAGGGAGGGUUUGAACCGGCGUUUUAAUCCCGUCGAGGGCGGGUCGGUGGCCUGGCCAACGGGCGGGGGGGGGAUGGGGGCAGACGCCGCUGCCGAAUGACUACUGACACGAAGCUACUAAAAGUGCUAACAUUUGUGAGAGGGGAGGCUGCUGCUGCUCAAGUGGGACUAUGGAAAAUCUUCUCCUUGCUGGAGCGUCUGUGCGUAUUGGUGCGCUUGCCUUCAAAGGUUCUCCGUUGCUCGUGAGCCCGUUUGUGUGCGUGUAUGCGUUGGUGUGCUUUUUUUCAGUCGACGACUGCAUGAACGCACUGUGCGUGGCUGCUGAUGUGUUUUUUUUUAGAGCGUUCAAGAGCGCCCGAAUGUUAAACGGUUGGCCGCGUCCUCCUUCCUUUUCGCGAUGCCUUUGUGAGCGUAGUGACGAAACAAAAUAGUUUGUGGUUGUUUCUACAGAGGAGCACUUUUUUGGCAUACCUGACAAGAAAUCGGACUUACACCCCCUUAUAGGACUUUUUCUUUUCUCUGUCAACUUUUUUUUUUUUUAUCUUCAAAAAACGUUUUUCAAAAAUGACGGGUUUUUGUUUGUUUUGCUACUUUUUCUUACAUCUUUUUCUUGUAAGGAUCCCUAUUUUAUUUUUAAAAAUCAGCUUUUUUCCGAAAGUGUCAAAACUAUCCCAUUUCUAAAAAUAGACAAAAAAUAUAGCUUGAUUAUUUUUCAGGAUCGCACGUGCUUUACUGUUGCCCGGCAGCCAUGUUUGUCCACUGCACGAUCUAAACAUCCCUACGGAUUAACCCAGUAAAUGAACAUAUUAUGAAUGUGCCGAUUUUAGAGCAUCUUCUCUAAUUCCAGAAAGUGACCAAACUCAUAGCUCUCUUUUCCCGUUUCAGUGACUGCUUUUGCUGCGUUCUUUUCGUCAACUGUAUAUCGAGGACUGUUGUUGUCGGCUUAAUACCUUUUGAAUAUGUUUCUCAUUACAUGUUUUGUAGAGCAUUAUUAAUAAAUCUUAUGCUUCUUGUAUUUAAAAGGAAAAAGCUGUGAAAUGACAUACAGUGAUCUGUUUUUAAAAACUUUGCCAAAUCAGUAAACUAUUUAAAUGGA